ACACAGUUCAGUCACAUCAAUUGCGGGAUACUUGAGGUGAACUGCGUAGUUACCGAAGAAAUUCGCGUAUCCUCGUGUUUUAGUUAGUCGGUUUCGGUUUUUCUUUUGGUUAGUUAGUAACGUAGAUAUUGUGAAUCAUGAAGGAAAGAAGAAAUGCACAGCCACUGGUUGUCAGAUGUAAACUGGUGCUGGUUGGGGAUGUUCAAUGCGGGAAAACUGCGAUGUUACAGGUUUUGGCGAAGGAUUGUUAUCCAGAGACGUACGUGCCCACAGUGUUUGAGAAUUACACAGCUUGCCUGGAGCUUGAUGAUCAGCGUGUUGAACUGAGUUUAUGGGACACAUCAGGAUCCCCAUACUAUGAUAACGUGAGACCCCUCUGCUACAGUGACUCUGAUGCAGUGCUUCUAUGUUUUGACAUCAGCCGCCCAGAUAUCUUUGACAGUGGACUUAAGAAGUGGAGGACUGAGAUCCUUGACUUCUGUCCCAGUACUCGUAUUCUCCUUAUUGGCUGCAAGACAGACCUUCGCACAGAUGUCUGCACACUGAUGGAGCUGUCCAAUCAGAAACAAACACCCAUCACUCACGAGCAGGGCUCUGCCAUGGCCAAACAGUUGGGCGCAGAGGCUUAUCUGGAAUGUUCAGCCUUCACCUCUGAGAAAAGCAUCCACAGCGUGUUUCGUACCGCAGCGCUGGCCUGCAUCAACAAGCUUCAGCCGCUGGCCAAACCCAGCCCGACCCGUCGGCUGUCCAAACGCCUUCUCCACCUGCCCAGCAGGUCUGAGCUGCUCUCUUCCACCUUCAAGAAGGAGAAAGCGAAGAGUUGCUCCGUAAUGUGAGUUGAGAUUUCAGCUCCCCCCCAAAAAGCUACACCAUUCCCCGCGCUUUAGUCUGGGGAAGGGGGGUGGGUUCCGAUUGCCACAUCAUUGGAUUGUGGGAUCCUUCCUCACCCCCCAACGAAACACCUAUCAGAACAAGUGGACACCAUGCUGUCCUCUAUGUCCUGAGUUUUUCAACAGUGCAUACCUGUUUUAUCAGUACUGUAUCUUGCUUUUUUAAAAGAGGUUCGAUCAUCAGCUGUCAUCUAGUCACUCCUUGCUGUUAUCAAGCGAAUUGCUGUCGCACCAGUGUUAUUGUGCCAGUUGAAGCUCGGAAUGAUUCAACUUAGUAAAUAGAAAACAAAGAGGUUACAAUAAUGUUUCGUACAAUGUAAGCAUAUAGUGUAUAAAUAUGAAAUUCAAAAUGAAACACAUGCAUACAGUAUGCACUAAAGACUCUAGCUGGAGGAAUAGCUCAAGGCGUUGUGGAGCAGUGCAUGAGGCCCAGGUCACGUAAAGGAGAAGGGCGACUGCAUCCGACACUGACGUUUAUUUGGCAUUAUCGUGCUGGUUUGAUUGGCUGCUGUGCAGAUAAAAUGUGAUUUUAUUUUUUUUUAAGUGGCAGCUGCCUGUUUUUGUGGGUCACCACUUAUUUCUUAAAGCGAUUAAGACCGGAGGGCCAAAAAUAUUUUCCAACCAAAGUCAAUUUUCCAAACCAUCACUCCCUUCACUGAAAUCCUCUCUGAUAUAUACAAGCUUCUAUUUUUAGAAGCAAUAACUAUCGGAGAGAUUGGAGGGGUGUGACCGAGGUCCAUUACAGUGAUGAUCUGUAUCUACGACUGCUGCUGUAGUGUAGGCAACCAAGAAUCUGUGAACCGAUCCGUGAGGUAUAACUCUUAUCAGAUCGAAAUAGGCAUGAUUAAUCUUCUUUUAUUCUCAAAAAUUACCUCCUGAGAUAUCGUAGCACUAUGUUGAGGUUUUCAUGAAAUUAUAAAAUGUAAUGAUUUGUGAUCGGACCAGCAUAGAUUUGUUUCUUUUUUCACACAGCUGUGUGAUAUUUUAUCGUAGCAUUCAGUGACCUCCAAUGUCCAUUCCUCUAUAUCCGUGCUCAUAUACUGACCUCCCCGUAGCAGUUCUUCCUGAAAUAUUUGUGGAUAACCUUACCUGGAAUAUACCUAAAGCUUCGUGUUUCAUGUCCAGAGUGCUGAAUUUUAAGUCUGCUUUACACCACAAAGCAAUAAUAAUACUUUGAGUCUGUAGAGUGGCAAUAAGUAAAAAAAUAAAAAAGCCUAUUAAUUAAUCCGUGCUACUGCUUUGUGGACGUACGUACAGUUUAUGUAUGUUUAAAUAAAUCACUGCUGCUGUAAAAACAAGCAAAUAUAUUGUGAUUCUGUUAUUGGGUAACAUUUUCGGUCGCAUUAAAACACAAAUUAAACCAAUUAUGGGAGUACAUCACAUUUGUUCCUCGGCUUUUCAUAUGAAUAGUAAUGUUGCGUUUAUGAGCAUAUGGGAGGUAAAUGCAUUAAGCUAGAAGUAUAGACGCGUUUAUACGCAUACGCGGAGGUUCGCGUACAGUUUGCGUGAUGCAUAUUUCGUCAUUAGAAUAGUAGUCAUGCCCUGUACGCGCACCCGCGCAUUUUUGUAACCAUGGAGACCGUAGUAUGUAGACCAGAAGAUGCACUGCAUAUUGUCGCAAUGUGCAUGUGUUGAACGUCUGCGUCAAAUAAACUUCGCGUACAUACACGGAUAAAAACAGACUAUACUCCUGGCUUUAAGGGCGGGUGGACUUGGAAGAGGAUUUAGACGCUCGUGAUAAGGGCUUUGUUUUUUUGUGUGUAUCUGCAAGGUCAGAAAGAAAACAGGCUGGCCCUGUUUAUUGAAAGAUAUUUUUCCAUUUUUAGAUAUAAACUGCUUUAGUUUGUUGUUUUUCUCAUUUCUGUACACAAAUCUAUAUUUUUCUCAUCACAACAAAUCACCAGUGACGGAAGUGGGCAGCCACUGUAAUUUCUUCGCUCCAGUGGCUGUUUACAGACGCCGCCACUGUGACCGCAACUUUAAUUCCUUUGCAUUGUGUACAAACUGCACAAAUAGAGUGGCAAUUUUGGGUGAUGGAGAUCGCAUUAACAUUGCAUUUUGGGUAAUCUGAGCAGCCCAGAUGAUUCAUCAUAGAUAAAUGAUUCUGGGCCGUCAGUCAUUACACUGCCAUUGCACACCGUAGCGUACGAUUACACUUCAAGCAUGUACUGUGGUUCCUCGGUUGUACAGAUCCUGUUUUGUAAUCUUUGUAAGACAUGUAAAACAAUGUCAUGAGAUUAAUAUUUGUUUAUGUCGUGGAUUGACAAAUAUGUGCUUGAUGUAAGCUUGCGUAGUCUUAUUUAUUUGGAUUCAUCGUUUGAGGUGAUUAUUUUACGUUUGUGUUGUACACACAGUUUUGUUUCUUAACAUUAUUGUUUUGAAUUAUUGGAUUUCCCCUCUCUUUGUCUUUGCAGUAAUAAAGCUUGCCUUUGUGUGGCACACAUGA